AAGUGCGGCGUGAAGUUGUGGAGCUGAGAUUGCCCGCCGCUGGGGACCCGGAGCCCAGGAGCGCCCCUUCCCAGGCGGCCCCUUCCGGCGCCGCGCCUGUGCCUGCCCUCGCCGCGCCCCGCGCCCGCAGCCUGGUCCAGCCUGAGCCAUGGGGCCGGAGCCGCAGUGAUCAUCAUGGAGCUGGCGGCCUGGUGCCGUUGGGGGUUCCUCCUCGCCCUCCUGUCUCCCGGAGCCGCGGGUACCCAAGUGUGUACCGGCACCGACAUGAAGUUGCGGCUCCCUGCCAGUCCUGAGACCCACCUGGACAUGCUCCGCCACCUCUACCAGGGCUGUCAGGUGGUGCAGGGCAAUUUGGAGCUUACCUACCUGCCCGCCAAUGCCAGCCUCUCAUUCCUGCAGGACAUCCAGGAAGUCCAGGGAUACAUGCUCAUCGCUCACAACCGAGUGAAGCACGUCCCACUGCAGAGGUUGCGCAUCGUGAGAGGGACUCAGCUCUUUGAGGACAAGUACGCCCUGGCUGUGCUAGACAACCGAGACCCUUUGGACAACGUCACCACCGCCGCCGCCGCCCCAGGCAGAACCCCAGAAGGGCUGCGGGAGCUUCAGCUUCGAAGUCUCACAGAAAUCCUGAAGGGAGGAGUUUUGAUCCGUGGGAACCCUCAGCUCUGCUACCAGGACAUGGUUUUGUGGAAGGAUGUCCUCCGUAAGAAUAACCAGCUGGCUCCUGUCGACAUGGACACCAAUCGUUCCCGGGCCUGUCCACCUUGCGCCCCAACCUGCAAAGACAAUCACUGUUGGGGUGAGAGUCCUGAAGACUGUCAGAUCUUGACUGGCACCAUCUGUACCAGUGGCUGUGCCCGGUGCAAGGGCCGGCUGCCCACUGACUGUUGCCACGAGCAGUGUGCUGCAGGCUGCACGGGUCCCAAGCAUUCUGACUGCCUGGCCUGCCUCCACUUCAAUCAUAGUGGUAUCUGUGAGCUGCACUGCCCAGCCCUCAUCACCUACAACACAGACACCUUCGAGUCCAUGCUCAACCCUGAGGGUCGCUACACCUUUGGUGCCAGCUGUGUGACCACCUGCCCCUACAACUACCUCUCCACGGAAGUGGGAUCCUGCACUCUGGUCUGUCCCCCAAACAACCAAGAGGUCACAGCUGAGGACGGAACACAGCGGUGUGAGAAAUGCAGCAAGCCCUGUGCUGGAGUGUGCUAUGGUCUGGGCAUGGAGCACCUCCGAGGGGCGAGGGCCAUCACCAGUGACAAUAUCCAGGAGUUUGCUGGCUGCAAGAAGAUCUUUGGGAGCCUGGCAUUUUUGCCAGAGAGCUUUGAUGGGAACCCCUCCUCUGGCGUUGCCCCACUGAAGCCAGAGCAUCUCCAAGUGUUCGAAACCCUGGAGGAGAUCACAGGUUACCUAUACAUUUCAGCAUGGCCAGAGAGCCUCCAAGACCUCAGUGUCUUCCAGAACCUUCGGGUCAUUCGGGGACGGAUUCUCCAUGAUGGUGCUUACUCAUUGACGCUGCAAGGCCUGGGGAUUCACUCGCUGGGUCUACGCUCACUGCGGGAGCUGGGCAGUGGAUUGGCUCUCAUUCACCGCAACACCCAUCUCUGCUUUGUAAACACUGUACCUUGGGACCAGCUCUUCCGAAACCCGCACCAGGCCCUGCUCCACAGUGGGAACCGGCCAGAAGAGGCAUGUGGUCUUGAGGGCUUGGUCUGUAACUCACUGUGUGCCCAUGGGCACUGCUGGGGGCCAGGGCCCACCCAGUGUGUCAACUGCAGUCAGUUCCUCCGGGGCCAGGAGUGUGUGGAGGAGUGCCGAGUAUGGAAGGGGCUCCCCAGGGAGUAUGUGAGUGGCAAGCACUGUCUGCCAUGCCACCCCGAGUGUCAGCCUCAAAACAGCUCGGAGACCUGCUUUGGAUCGGAGGCUGACCAGUGUGCAGCUUGUGCCCACUACAAGGACUCAUCCUCCUGUGUGGCUCGCUGCCCCAGUGGUGUGAAGCCAGACCUCUCCUACAUGCCCAUCUGGAAGUACCCGGAUGAGGAGGGCAUAUGUCAGCCAUGCCCCAUCAACUGCACCCACUCCUGUGUGGACCUGGACGAAAGAGGCUGCCCGGCAGAGCAGAGAGCCAGCCCGGUGACAUUCAUCAUUGCAACUGUGGUGGGCGUCCUGUUGUUCCUGAUCAUAGUGGUGGUCAUUGGAAUCCUAAUCAAACGAAGGCGACAGAAGAUCCGGAAGUAUACCAUGCGUAGGCUGCUGCAAGAGACUGAGCUGGUGGAGCCGCUGACGCCCAGUGGAGCCGUGCCCAACCAGGCUCAGAUGCGGAUCCUAAAGGAGACGGAGCUAAGGAAGCUGAAGGUGCUCGGGUCAGGAGCCUUCGGCACUGUCUACAAGGGCAUCUGGAUCCCAGAUGGGGAGAACGUGAAAAUCCCCGUGGCCAUCAAGGUGUUGAGGGAAAACACAUCUCCUAAAGCUAACAAAGAAAUCCUAGAUGAAGCGUACGUCAUGGCUGGUGUGGGUUCUCCGUAUGUGUCCCGCCUCCUGGGCAUCUGCCUGACAUCCACAGUGCAGCUGGUGACACAGCUUAUGCCCUAUGGCUGCCUUCUGGACCAUGUCCGAGAACACCGAGGUCGCUUAGGCUCCCAGGACCUGCUCAACUGGUGUGUUCAGAUUGCCAAGGGGAUGAGCUACCUGGAGGAAGUUCGGCUUGUUCACAGGGACCUAGCUGCCCGAAACGUGCUGGUCAAGAGUCCCAACCAUGUCAAGAUUACCGACUUUGGGCUGGCACGGCUGCUGGACAUUGAUGAGACUGAAUACCAUGCAGAUGGGGGCAAGGUGCCCAUCAAGUGGAUGGCAUUGGAAUCUAUUCUCAGACGCCGGUUCACCCAUCAGAGUGAUGUGUGGAGCUAUGGUGUGACUGUGUGGGAGCUGAUGACUUUUGGGGCCAAACCUUACGAUGGGAUCCCAGCUCGGGAAAUCCCUGAUUUGCUGGAGAAGGGAGAACGCCUACCUCAGCCUCCAAUCUGCACCAUUGACGUCUACAUGAUCAUGGUCAAAUGUUGGAUGAUUGACUCCGAAUGUCGCCCGAGAUUCCGGGAGUUGGUAUCAGAAUUCUCCCGUAUGGCGAGGGACCCCCAGCGCUUUGUGGUCAUCCAGAAUGAGGACUUGGGCCCCUCCAGCCCCAUGGACAGCACCUUCUACCGUUCACUGCUGGAGGAUGAUGACAUGGGGGAGCUGGUCGAUGCUGAGGAGUACCUGGUACCCCAGCAGGGAUUCUUCUCCCCAGACCCUGCCCUAGGUACUGGGAGCACAGCCCACCGCAGACACCGCAGCUCGUCGGCCAGGAGUGGCGGUGGUGAGCUGACACUGGGCCUGGAACCCUCGGAAGAAGAGCCCCCCAGAUCUCCACUGGCUCCCUCCGAAGGGGCUGGCUCCGAUGUGUUUGAUGGUGACCUGGCAGUGGGGGUAACCAAAGGACUGCAGAGCCUCUCUCCACAUGACCUCAGCCCUCUACAGCGGUACAGUGAGGAUCCCACAUUACCUCUGCCCCCCGAGACUGAUGGCUACGUUGCUCCCCUGGCCUGCAGCCCCCAGCCCGAGUAUGUGAACCAGCCGGAGGUUCGGCCUCAGUCUCCCUUGACCCCAGAGGGUCCUCCGCCUCCCGUCCGACCUGCUGGUGCUACUCUAGAAAGACCCAAGACUCUCUCUCCUGGGAAGAAUGGGGUUGUCAAAGACGUUUUUGCCUUUGGGGGUGCUGUGGAGAACCCUGAAUACUUAGCACCCAGAGCAGGCACUGCCUCUCAGCCCCACCCUUCUCCUGCCUUCAGCCCAGCCUUUGACAACCUCUAUUACUGGGACCAGAACUCAUCGGAGCAGGGUCCUCCACCAAGUACCUUUGAAGGGACCCCCACUGCAGAGAACCCUGAGUACCUAGGCCUGGAUGUGCCAGUAUGAGGUCACAUGUGCAGACAUCCUGUCUUCAGAGUGGGGAAGGAAGGCCUAACUUGUGGUCUCCAUCGCCAGCCACAAAGCAGGGAGAAGGUCCUCUGGCCACAUGACAUCCAGGGCAGCCGGCUAUGCCAGGAACCUGACCUAAGGAACUUUGCUCGAGGCUUCAGUCCUGAGCCAGAAGAGACAGCACACUGUUCAGCCCCAGAGGAUUACAGACACUGCCUGCCCUGACAGACUGUAGGGUCCAGUGGGUAUUCCUUACCUGGCCUGGCUCUCUUGGUUCUGAGGUCUGAGGGAAGCUCGGCCUGGAAGGGUGGAGACCCCAGGUGAAUAUCCUGGGACCAGGCCACCCCGCUAGGACUGAGGCACGUGCAUCCCAAGAGGGGGGCAGCACUCGCACCCAGCCUGGUCUUUGUACAGAGUUUAUUUUGUUCUGUUUUUACUUUUGUUUUUGUUUUUUUAAAAGAUGAAAUAAGGAUACAGUGGGAGAGUGGGUGUUAUAUGAAAGUCAGGAGGUGCUGUCCCCUUUCUCCAUUUGCAAUGAGAUUUGUAAAAUAACUGGACCCCAGCCUAUGUCUGAGAGUGGUCCCGGGCCAAACCGAAUUGCUCAUCUGACACACAGCUCCUCCUGGAGUGAGUGUGUAGAGAUCUUCCAAAAGUUUGAGACAGUUUGGCUUUGGGCUUGAGGGACUGGGAAGUUAGGAUUCCUUCUGAAGAUCCUUUGGCAACAGGGUCAUACUCCGUUGGACACACUCAUUCCAAGGCUACCCCCAGAAUGAAGUCCUGUCCUCCCAGUGGGAGAGGGGAGCUUGUGGAGAGCAGUGUCAUGUGACUCGUUUUCCUUGCCUUAGAGAGAAAGAAGUAUCUGUCCAGGAAAACCCCACCCACUAGGUGUUAGCCCCACCCACUAGGUGUUAACAGGGCCAGACUGACCUGUGUGCCCCCACACAGGCUGGACAUAAACACACGCCAGUUGACACAAGCAUUUGUA